AUGUGUUAAUAAAUUAAAAACUAAAAUAAUUAGUUUAAUAUAAACCAAGUCAAAUAUCAUAAUAAAUAACAAUAAAAACAAAAUAUUAAAUCAAUAAAAUCACUUAGAAACAUGAAUAAUUAUUAAAAAUAAAUAAAUGAUUAAGAUAGUAUUAUUAUUGAAUUAAAUUAUGCUGUUGAAAAGUUAAAAAAUUAAUAACUUGAAGUGAAAGGUUAGUUAAAUCAAAUGGAUUAAGGUAUUGGAGAUUUACAAGAAGGAAUUGAUAAAAAUAGUAUUAAAAGCAAAGCACUCUAAUAAAAACUUUCUAAUCUUCAAACAACAAAUGGUAUUAUACAAUUUUAAAAUUUUUUAUUUUAUAAUCUAAUAAUUAAUUAAACAGGUAUAAGCUAAAUAUAAACUAUUUUGGUUCUCUUUGGCAUCCUCUGCUUUUUAAUUUUCAUUUUUAUAUAUAUUUGA